AUGGCCGCCGCCUCCACGAAUCCCCCGCUGAAGUCCAUCGAGGAGACGUACCUGGAGCACAUCAGGCUGCGCCCAGACACCUACGGCUCGGUCCAGCAGCACAAGACGCCUCUCUGGGUCUACGAGGACGGUGCCAUGGUGCAUCGGUAUGUCACCUACGUCCCCGGCCUCUACAAGAUCUUCGACGAGAUUCUCGUCAACGCUGCCGACCACAAGCAGCGCGACCCCUCCAUGGACUCCCUCCAGGUCGACAUCGACGUCGAGGGCUGCUGUAUCUCUGUCUACAACAACGGACACGGGAUACCCGUUGAGAUCGACCAGGAGGAGGGCGUCUACGUGCCGGAGCUGAUCUUCGCCAACCUCCUCACUAGCCGCCGCUACCAUGACAACGAGCGGAAGACCUUCGGCAGCAGGGACGGCUACGGCGCCAUACUCGCCAACAUCUUCUCCUGGGAAUUCGUCAUCGAGAUCGCUGAUGGGCGCCGGCAGAAGAAGUACAAGCAGUUUGCAGCAUUGAUCAGUAAGAUUUUCUCUGAAAACAAGGGGAAGAAAUCAGAGCCUGAGAUUAAAAAGUGUGAGCAGUCAGAGAACUGGACCAGAGUUACCUUCAAGCCUGACCUUGCCAAGUUUGACUUCACCAAGACGCUCGACCGUGAUAUCGUGGCACUCAUGAGGAAGAGAGUAGUUGAUAUGGCGGGCAUCCUUGGCAAAUCCGUGAAUGUUGAGUUGAAUGGUCAGAAGGUAGCAGCAAAAAGCUUCUCCGAGUAUGUGCAACUCUAUAUUGACUCUGUUUCCAAAGAAGGAAUCGAGCUACCAAGAAUUUACCAGAAGGUAAAUGAUCGUUGGGAGGUGUGUGUGAGUCUAAGUGAAGGCCAGUUUCAGCAGGUCAGUUUUGUAAAUGGAAUUGCGACCAUAAGAGGCGGAACUCAUGUUGACUACGUCGCAAACCAAAUCGCCAACCAUUUGAUGGGCAUUGUGAACAAGAAAAACAAGCAUGCUAGCAUGAAAUUACAUACAGUGAAGGGCUACCUAUGGGUAUUUGUUAAUGCACUCAUUGAAAACCCUGCCUUUGAUUCACAGACCAAAGAGACCUUGACAACUCCUCAGGGAAAGUUUGGGUCCAAGUGUGAGCUAUCCGAAGAUUUCCUUACGAGGGGUAUGUGA